AUGGGCAACUGUCACAGUAAAGGAGCGACAAAUGCAGCCGCGGGGGACUUGUCACCACUGUGUAAACUCAUGUCAGAACAAUAUCCUGGCAGUUUAGAUCAGAUACAGGUAUGGACCAAAUUGGGGUUUCCUGCUAAAGGAAGCCUGAGUGAGAACCAGCUGAAUCAACUUAAGACACAGCUGAAAAGGUUGGAGUCUUUGAGGAAUCCUGAUCUGGACUCCACCCCCCCUGCUCCCCCACCAUACGUCACUCAGCAGAAAGGUCCCUACACGCCUGUUGUGACCCGCCAGCAAGCCCAGCAGAGGUUAUCUGAAAUCCGAGACGAGAGGAAAAGUCCUGCAGCUAUACCAACCAUGCCCAUGGUGGAAGUGGCAGGAGCCGAAGGGCCAAUUCUGGUGUUCCGACCCUGGUCAGAGGCCGACGUGGCAGAAGCAAUGAAUUACAUCUGCAACCCCAAAGACAAUCUCAAUAAGUGGGAAAAUGAUCUGCUGCAGUUUGUCAGAGAAUUUCGACCAACAAUGUUUGAGAUACGACGCCUAAUGAACAAAACGCUCACAAAUGACUAUCACAGCAUCCAGAAUGUGUUUAACGCUGGGAGAAUGACUGCUCGUUUGGAGAACCCAGACUUUGGACACAGAGAUAACGCUGAUUUUAGAAAUGCUAUUGAGGCCCUUGUUGUUAUAGUGAGGGAGAAAUUCCCCCUGAGAAUGAACCUGUCAAACAUUACCAGCAUGACACAGAAGCCAUCAGAGUCAUGCAGUUCAUUCCUGGCACGCCUGACGUCAGCUUUCGACACACACACACACAGUGGCCUCAUCAGACCCGACCUAAUGGGAAGACAACCUUUGGAGCCUUAUGAAGUUCAUCUUAAAGAACAUUUCCUGAGCAGAAUGAAGCCUGAACUAGCACAGACGAUAAAGAAAUUCUGUGUAACUUGGAAAACAUGCCCGCUCGCUGAAAUCCUGCAGCAUGCUGAACACGCUGAGGAUGAGCUGCUCAGCACAGAUGAGCAAAGAAAACAAGGCAGACAAAGAAAGUUGGAAGACGCACAAUUGUCCAUGAUCAACGUAUGUGCAAACAUGUCCCCAGGACCCUUCCAAGGCCAACCCAGAAGAGGCAGAGGUCGCGGUAGAAAUCGUGGUGGUGGCAGAUUCAACUCGACCCACGCCAGCCAUGAUCCAGAUGUGUGUUUCCACUGCGGAAGGCGGGGGCACUGGCAAGCAGAAUGUCCGAGGCAACAGGGACAGGGACCAAUCUUCUCAAAGUCUGACUGAGGGGAGAGCGGGGAGGGCCGGAUCCCAGAGAUGGACAACCCCUCCUCAGAGACACGGGUAAAAGUAGCACUUCCAACUCCAGCUACUGCCAUUCAGCAUCGGUUGAGACCAGGGGACUGGGUGCUCAUAAAAGAUCACAGACGGAAGCACUGGAAGCAAAGACGCUACAUAGGCCCUUUCCAGAUCCUCCUGACAACAGAGACCGCAGUGAAGGUGGCUGAGAGAGUACCUUGGAUCCACGCCAGCCACUGCAAACAGAUUCCGGGUCCACAGGAGGGAGCUAACUGAGGGGUAAGGGUGAAAUAGCGCCUUCCUCCAACAGUAGCGUGCCAAGCUCCUACACACCGACAGGGUACCCUUUACAGAAGCAGACUGGAGCGUUAUGGGAUGGCCUGCCUUAUCUCAACAGUUUGCAGCCAGCAGUGAGGGAUGUUACACUCCCCCGUCGCAUGCUGACUCAUCCACGCAGACUACGCCCAACUAUGUUGGAGACAAAGGGGAGGUGGUGCAAUUCGCAAUGCUUCCUCUGCAGUACACGAUGUUGUAGCAGAUACUGAACGAGGGGUUAAGGAGCUGCACGAAGACCAUGGCUGGAAUCCUUUUGGAGGAAUGAAAUCAAUAACCGGUUUUUGGGGAGCUCCUUUUCUCAAGGGACUAGUUUGGAUAAUAGGAAGCAUGAUACUAAUAGUGAUUAUCAUAAUUCUGAUUGUAACGGUCUUCAAAGUUUGCAUUAGGAAGGUAAUAACCACUUUUGUGUCCAUUAAGAGCACAGACUUUCCAGAUCUAUAUCCUAUACCACCUUGGAUUGCUCCAUACGACGAUGAAGAUGAUGAUGAGCUUGAAGAUUGCAUAAAAACUGCAGAAAUUUGUUAUAUCAGCAAAAUUGCAUGUGUUCCUUAUGUUGCAAAUGUAUGAACGGUUCCCAUGAUGACGAGCUAAUGAAGUGUUGUUUUAAAUCGUUAUGAAUUAACAUCACCGAUGUCGUGCUCCGAGUUUAAACCUUGAUUGUUUAAUACGAUCUGCUUGCUUAGUUAGUAGUUGUUAGUGUUAUUAUUUGUCUUAAAUGACAAAAAGGGAGGAAAUGUCAUGGAAAUUAUUGAAUCUAACUGUGAUCCCGGAAAUGUAACAGAUCCUCCUGUGCUGACAGCUAUGCUCAAAGUUCAGUUGGAUUGACCUGAUGAAACAUCAUUAUAUAAAUUCCACUUAAUGUUUGCAUCUGCCUGAUAUCAGGAA